AUGAUGUCGCGCCGCCUUUAUUCCGCAAAGCGAACUCUUGACUUCCCAACCGUCGACAAUCAGUUUGUCUGUUAUCUUCGCUCGUUACUUCGGUCUACAGGACCGUUGCCCAUCUCGAAGAUGGCGAGUAUGAUCGGGGAUGAGCACCUUGAGCGUCUUGGCAGGGAGGGCGGCGGGCUCGCUCAGUUCAUUCGACGGCACCCCGAGGCGUUUUGCGAGGUGCAGCUGCCCGGUUGUGUGCACGUAGCCAUGGCCAGUGAGGCAUGCUUGCCGUUCCGUACACCCGAUCAGAAGACUCUCGGCCUCCGCGUUAUUGGACUGCUAGCCAUUGCACAGCACAUGAGUGGCACCCAUGUGGCCACCUCACUCGGCUUCGUCACGUCGACGCCGACAAUAAACGACCUCUGCAAAGCGCUGCGGUGUUGGGCGCUUGUCACCCCCAUGCAGCUCACGAGGUUCUUGCGCCAGCACGAAGAGGUGUUUUGGUGUCAUCCAAUUGCACAGCACGUGCGGCUGCGGUGUGUGAAGCCGCUCUCGACGCCGCCAUCGCCACCACAGCAGGUGGGGCCAGACCGCGCUUCGUCGAGUAUGAAGAACAGCCGGCUUCAGCUGUGGCUCAGCACGGUGGUGCCAUCGCAGUACCACGUGCCGCUAUCCUACCUAAUGGACUCAGUUGUCAUGACCAACAUGUCGGUGAACUUAUUCGAUUGCGAAGCGCCAUCGCUGCGGGAUUUUCGAGUCGCCUUCCAGCAGUUGCCACCACAGUUCGUCGACGUGCGUGCCUUCGGCGACUCACCGAUGGCCGUCUUUGUCCGGCUGCUGCGUCCAGAGCCGCUGCUGCUGCAGGUCGGAGUGCCAUCGUACACGUUCGAUACCCCAGCACCCGAGAUCGCCGCUAGUCGCUAUGACCCCACGCUAUUGGGCCGGAAACUUACCGAGGCCUUGCAGCAAGGAGCAGCCGAAGAUCGCCUGAAGCACCUAAGGCUGGUUAAGGGUCUCCAUCUGGCGCACUUGCGCGACUUUGUGCCAGCGCACCUGGUACGCGAAAUUGAGGUGUUCUACGGCCUCGUCGAGGGGGGAGAUCUUCGGGUUAGCGUCCUUCUCCUCGACCGACUACGACACUUGUGGGAGGUGCAGCUGGAGUCCUCCCAAGUACGGCCAUGGGCCUUCUUGCCGUCAUCGGAUCAGCCCUCUUCGCUGACAUUAGAGACGUCACCGGUGCCGCGGGUGAUGGUGCGCUUGCAGCGGAUUUUAGCAGACAAAGGCGCUCAGCUUCCCGCCGACCUCUACGCGGAGCUUCCCGGCGACUUGCAGGCAGCACUGCUCCGCGUCUAUGGAGCGUUCAAGGAGGCGGGUGAGUCGUGGAAUGCAGCGGUUCCGUCUGCGCCGCUACAGUCGCCCGAUCCGGCGACUGUCGUUGAUGCGAUUUCCUCCUUUGUUCACACCCACUCGCUCUUUUUCAUCAAGCAGGGCGAUGUCAUCCUCACUCCUCGCCUCGCCGCCGAGGAGCAACGAAGGCCGAUGCGGUCUGAUGGGGCUCGCUUGGAGGGGAGGGGUCCUGAGGAGAGCCCCUACAUUGGGAAACCGCUCGGCCCCACAUCGGUUUCUCGACGGUUGGCGAAACGGGAGGGAGAAAUGUCCGAGGACGAACUGGCGCGGUUUCUCCACGACGCCAUCCCCGCUGGGCAGCCUGUAAUAGUCGACGCUCUGCGCACCACCCUGCAAAACGAGCGUUUUCGACGUGGCCUGACGUCUGAGCAGGCGCGCCGCUUUGUCCGCCGCGAGUUCUUCGAGCGGCACAAGGGGUACUUUAAGCUGCACGAGUACUUUGCCUAUGACAAGCUGGUUGUUGGCCGCGCAAAGGAUCCACCGCCACCGCCGCACGUGUUGCAGCCACGAAUAACUAGGAUUGAGCAGGUUAUUAAGUUUAUGGCCCUCUUGUCGUCGCAGUCGGCAACCGACGGUGCGCUGACCCGUGCACUGCCGCGUGAAGGCCGCAUGUUAGUCAAGGCUGUUGGGAGUGUCACCGAUAUUGCUGAGCAGCUGCCAAUGUGGUUCCUCGCACAGCGAGACAAGAACAACUGCUCUUCCUCCCUCAUUCGCUACAUUGGGCCUCUAGCGGAAUGCGAGGCGCGAUCGGCAUGGGCGCUGAAGCCUCCCCCAGCCGGUGUGCUGACGCGCAAGGUACCCAAUGACCCAUUUGCCGAUAUUGGGUCGGAGGAAGUGGAUGGCAAGCCUUCUGGGUGGAAUAGGGAGUGGGACGAGGACGAGCACGACGGAGGGGAGAGCCAGGAGGCAAGCGUGUCUCCAAUGCCGCGAGCAUCGACGCGAUAG